AACGUCAUUGACAACACCACCCGAACAGACAACCCCAACUGACACUUGCCACUUUCGUCUGUGCUAGCAUUGUCUCAAACAGCAGACCACCACCACACCACCAACAAUGUCUGGACUACCUAUCAACUCGUCGACAUCAUUCGACCCAUAUGCCACCACCUCCUUUGAUGCUGCCCAGCUUCAAUCAUACUCUGACUUCUCACCCAUCUUUGACAAUUUUGAGGACUUUGGCACCGACUUCAACUCGGACUCGGCAGCCUCCCCCAUCUCCCCCAUCUCUCCUGUUCUCUCCUCAAGCUCCUUCAGCUACCCCACUGCCGACCAGUGGGUUGAGUGGGACAGGAUCGAGCACUCCCCAGAGCCCGAAGCUCUGUUCAAGACCAACCCCUUUGACGGGUCCAUCUUGACUAGCAACGCCACCACCAACAACUACCUCCGCAACCCGUCACUAAGCCCCGCGGUCAACCCCAUGGCCACCGUCAUUGGCACCGAAGGCAUCGACAGCCAAGCGCCCCUCUUCCAAACGGCGCCCAUCAUGGUUGCCCCUCUCCCCUCCCAACAGCGCCAGAUGGCUGCCUCCAUGGACGAUGCCUCCAAGAGGUACCCAUCCCGCAACCUUAAGCGCAAGACCUCAAUCCCGUCCGAGGACGACGAGCCCCUGCCCGCGUCCAAGCGGUCCUCCCCUCCACCAGCAGCCGCCCCUCGCCGGUCCUCCAAGGACAACUCCGCCGCCGGACCCAAGAAGACGGCCCACAACAUGAUCGAGAAGCGGUACCGCACCAACCUCAACGACAAGAUUUCGCAGCUCCGCGACGCCGUCCCAGCACUCCGCAUCGUGGCGCAGAGAAUGGAGAACCCCGGCGCCUACGAGGAGAAUGGCGCCGACGAGAUGAUGGCCGACGAGAUCCUCGGCGGUCUCUCCCCAGCGGCCAAGCUCAACAAGGCCACCAUCUUGGCCAAAGCCACCGAGUACAUCAUGCAACUGGAGCGGAGAAACCUCGGACUGGAGACGGAGAACAAUGCGCUGAGGGGGAGAAUGGAGGGGUUGGAGAUGCUUUUGAUGAGCAGAGGCGGCCCUCAGCCACAGCAGCUUCCUGUUUGGAACUAGAGCUGUCUGAGAGAAGAGGGGGGGUUGGUUGGACUGUGAAGAAGGAGUGGUGGCUCAUCAUUGGCUUGUUUUGUGGCUGGCUUUCUUGCAUUGCAUUCUCCGGCGUUGUGAGGAUAUUUCUUGGGACAUGAUACCACAUCAUUGUUUUGGGUCUUUGGGAUUUAAGCGGGGAGUUUUUUGGAGUUUUUUUUUUUUCUUGGUUUGGCAAACUUCCAGCGAUUUGACUUCCCUGCGCCCAACAUUAUACCCAUUUACUUGUUGUUUGUAUCAUUUUUGAACAGCUGUGGUUAUCAAAAAAAAAAGGUGUGGAUCUUGGAUACUUUUUUUUUUCUUUUGUGAUAUAUAUAUUACUUCUUAUUUAUCAGCCCAACGAAGGGCUUGGAUUCAUAGUUUUUGGAAACGGAAGCAGAUCUCAAAAAGAGACUGCGGAUGAUGAAUACAUUCAAAAUAUUCUCACCUCUCUUA